UCUCGAAAUUCGCACUAAACUUUUAAUGCUCGUCAAAAUGCGCGCGCUAACGUACCUCGGGAACCCCGAUCCUUCAUCUUGCGCUUUGACCUCGGCAGGGGGCCCCUGGACCCGAGUGCAACGACGACAUUGCCCGCAACGCACGGACGAGUUUGUUUCUGGAAACCCGUUGCACCCGUCGUCUCGCUUCCCGUUACCCCGUGAUUUCACCACUAGUCCAUAACCCACCAACUUAACCUGUCAGAAUUUUUAAUUAUUUUUAUCGACGACAUUUUUGUGUCCCGUAUUUCCAUCGUUUUGCUAUCAUUAUGAACCCGAUAACGAAUGUAUCGUUUUCAGUUGAACCCAUCAAUCAUGGACCAACAGAUCGGCUCAGACGGACACAUGACUGUCGUCCAAGCGAUCCCGACGUCCAACAAUCAGGUGCAAGUGGUCCAAGCGGGUCAGGUGAUACAGAGUGCUAACGGCCAGCAAAUUGUUGUGCAUGCCGUUCCCCAGAAUACCGGUCAGUCAGUGCAUUUAGGUUCGCCAGGCAACCAACAAUUGCAACUGCUCCAACUUCCUGUACAACAGCAAGCUCAAGCACAGUUGAUUCAGACACCUGAUGGACAAACGUUCAUUUACCAGCCAGUACAAGUUGACAACGGUCAAUCGAUUGCCCAACAACAAACUCAACCAACAUUAAUAAGCAUUAAUGGAAACAUCAUGCAAUUAUCCAGUCCACCGUCAGGUAAUUCCCCAACCGUCACUCAAACAGCCACUACUGUUACACAAGGAGUUCCUCAAAAUCAACAGAAUAUUGUCAUGAUGGUACCAAAUGGGAAUGCCCCCAAUAAUAAUCAAUUUCAACGAGUACCCACAACAGCAGAGUUCCUUGAAGAAGAGCCUUUAUACGUAAAUGCUAAACAGUACAAAAGAAUACUGAAAAGAAGGCAAGCACGAGCAAAAUUAGAGGCAGAAGGGAAGAUACCAAAAACUCGACAAAAAUAUUUAUAUGAAUCACGUCAUAAACAUGCCAUGAAUCGUAUACGAGGAGAAGGUGGUCGUUUCCAUUCAGGUUCACUGAAGAGAAUGAGUAUGUCAAGUAGUAAGAAUAUGCAAAAUGAUGACUGUAACAUUCGAAUGGACAAUCAUAGUUAUCAUGUAACUAUUAAACGCCAAAUUGAUGAUGAACAAAAUUUGCAUUCCCAUAAUGGAAUAGUUUAUACCAUAAAUGGCUAGUAAAAAAAGCCAAUUUUCUCAAUUGAACUAAGAAUUAUGUGUUAACUGUUAAAUUUAAAAGAAAUGUUUUUUAUUUGACUUAAUUACUUGUAAAGUUGUAACUUUUAAGACUUUAAAUUUAUUAUUUAAAUAUUUUUCGUUUAGACUUUGUUGAGUACUGUAUUCAUUUAAACUUAAGUACCAAUGUGAGAUAAUYA